AUGGAAAAUAUUAACCAAACAUCUACUGAUUUCUUUUUAUUGGGGUUAUUCCCACCAUCAAGAAUUGGCCUGUAUUUUUUCAUUUUCAAUUUUCUCAUUUUCCUAAUGGCUCUGUUUGCCAACCUGUCCAUGAUCAUCCUUAUCCUCCUGGACACCCAUCUCCAUACACCCAUGUAUUUUCUACUUAGUCAGCUCUCCCUCAUGGACCUGAACUUCAUCUCCAACAUUGUUCCCAAGAUGAUUUCUGAUUAUCUCUCUGGGAACAAGUCUAUUUCUUUCAUCAGAAGUGCAGUUCAGAGCUUCUUCUUUGUUGCUUUACGGUCUGAAGGAUUAAUAUUGGCCUCUAUGGCCUAUGAUCGUUAUGUGGCAAUUUGCUUUCCUCUCCAUUAUCCCAUUCGUAUGAGCAAAAGACUGUGUGUGUUGAUGAUAACAGGAUCUUGGAUCAUGGGCUCCAUCAACUCCUGUGCCCACACUGCAUAUGUCCUCAAUAUACCUUACUGUCGAUCCAGGACCAUCAACCAUUUCUUCUGUGAUCUUGCAGCCAUGUUGACUCUGGCCUGCAUGGACACCUGGGUCUAUGAGUACACAGUGUUUUUGAGCAUCACUCUUCUCCUUGUGUUUCCAUUCAUCUGCAUUGCAUGUUCCUAUGGCCGGGUCCUCCUUGCUAUCUGUCGCAUGUGGUCAACAGAAGGGAGGAAGAAGGCCUAUUUGACCUGUAGCACCCACCUCACUGUGGCGACUUUCUACUAUGCACCUUUUGUUUACACUUAUCUAUGCCCAAGAUCCUUUCGAUCUCCCACAGAGGACAAGGGCCUGGCUGUCUUCUACACCAUCCUGACCCCCAUGCUCAACCCCAUCAUCUACAGCCUUAGAAAUAAGGAGGUGAUGGGGGCCCUGAAAAGAGUGAUUCAGAGGUUCUGGUCUGUAAAAUGA